AUCAGCUGAUCAAAUGUAGGUGAAAAGAUGGCGAGUGUGCAGCUGAGUGCUAUCAGGUAACUGUCAAAAGAAACAGCUCUAACGUGCUGUUCAUUCGUUGUGUCAACAAUAUUUCGCUGCAGAUGUGUAAAUAGAUAAUCGCGGCACACGAUGGCAUUUCUCGAGUGGAGGCGGUUCAAUUUUUUCGAUCUUAAGAAAGAAGUCGACGGUGGGAAAAUAGCCACAGCACUUGGUGAUGCUCAAGUGACAGCAGCUACAAGCGGUAACGGGACUCUAGUGUUUGGCGAUUAUACCGGCAAUGUGCAUUUAGUGAAUAGGACGUACGACGUUACUACAUUUCGUGCUUAUGAUUUUACAUUGACGUUAGCUCAGCAAGUCCAACAUUCCACUUUUCUGUUCACUAUUGGCGAGGAUGAACCAGGUUGUAACCCUACUAUAAAGGUCUGGAAUUUAGCUAAACCAGACAAACAAGGCAAUCCAACAUGCCUUCGUAUAAGUAGAGCUAUACCAAGUUACAGAGCAGUUCCUGCAACUGCUCUUUGUGUGCACACUAGUCUUACAUUAAUGGCUGUCGGUUUUGGAGAUGGCUCUAUUAUGCUCUACAGGGGUGAUUUAACUAGAGAAAGAAAAAACAAGAUAAAAGUAUUGAAAGAUACCAAUGUUUCUAUUACUGGUUUAGCAAUAAGGUCCACUGGCAAACAAAAUCAUUUAUUUGUUGCUACACCAAAUAGUGUUUUCUUAUAUAAUGUUACUAUUAAGGAUAAAGAAUUUAAAUCUCCCUUAGAUACUAUGGGUUGUGCCAGAAAAUGUAAUGUUCUUGCAGAAUCCAUGCAAGAUAGUCAUUUCAUGAUUGGUCGUAAUGAUGCAAUUUAUUGUUACACACCAGAUGGUAGAGGUCCCUGUUAUGCAGUAGAGGGUCAAAAAAUUAUGUUAGAAUGGUUCAGAAGUUAUUUAGUUAUUAUAGCAAAAGAAGCUGCAAAUGUUCCAAGAACAUCAACUACCAUUUCUGCAAAACCGAGUACUAUAGAACCAAUACCUCCAGGAGUAGAUAAACACGUAAUCACAGUACUUGACAUACAAAACAAAUUCAUUGUUUUUUCUGCUCCCAUGUUGUCUGUGCAAGCUGUUCUAUCAGAAUGGGGUGGGUUUUUUAUACUCAGCGGUGAUAGUAAGCUUUAUCACUUAGAUGAAAAAGAUUUGCAAUCGAAAUUAGCAUUACUUUUUAAGAAGAAUUUAUAUGAUAUAUCUAUAAGAAUAGCUAAAAAUCAACAAUACGAUGCCGAAGGUCUAGUCGAUAUAUUUCGACAGUAUGGUGAUCAUUUAUAUUCAAAAGGAGAUCAUAAUGGAGCAAUAGAACAAUACAUUAAAACUAUUGGAAAGUUAGAACCAUCAUAUGUAAUUAGAAAAUUUUUAGAUUCCCAACAUAUAGAUAAUUUAACUACUUAUUUGCAAGCUUUGCAUAAAAAUGGGCAAGCAACAGAAGAUCAUACAACUUUAUUAUUAAAUUGUUACACGAAGCUUAAUCAUACAGAUAAAUUAAAAGAAUUCAUCAUGACAAAAGAUAGAGAAGUUGAUUUCGAUGUUGAAAUUGCAAUAAAAGUUUGCCGUCAAGCAUCACCAGAGGAUGCCUUGCUACUUGCGCAAAAACAUGGUCGUCACGAAUGGUAUCUUCGUAUUCAAAUAGAAGAUAAGCAUGAGUACAAAAAGGCAUUGGAAUAUAUGGCUACGUUAGAGUUUGAAGAAGCAGAAUCCAAUAUGAAAAAAUACGGUAAUAUUCUCAUAGAAAAUGUUCCAGAUGAAUCAACGCAAUUUUUAAAAGCUUUAUGUACCAAUUAUAGGCCUUCUAAUCAACCUCUUGUAGAUCAGGAAACGUUAGAUGGUAUUGUGGACCAACAUAUCGAUAAAGCUAAUCCAGAAGAUUUUAUUCACUUGUUUUUAAAUAAUUCAGAACGUCUUGUAGAAUUCUUAGAGCAUCUAGUAAAAACACAUACCAAGUGGAGUACUUUGGUAUACAACACAUUAGUCGAACAUUAUCUUCAUGUUUGGUCAGCUUUAGAUAAUGAUGUGGCAAAGGUACAAUAUGAACAGAAAAUUGUACGACUUUUGCAAAAUUCGGAAGCGUGUUACGAUAAAGACCAAAUAUUAAUUUUAUGUCAUCAGCAUAGUUUCAGGCGUGGUUUACUUUUUCUUUACGAAGAAAGUAAAUUAUACCAGGAAAUAUUACAAUUCCAUUUGCGUGAAGGAGAUAGUGAACAAAUUUUAGCUACAUGCAAGCGAUUUGGACAUCAAGAUCCAAAUUUGUGGAUCCAAGCUUUGUGGAGUGUCGCAAGAAAUAAGGAAGCACCAACUAAACUUCUUGCAGACAUACUAGCCUACAUAGCUCAAGAAAGGCUUUUGUCGCCGUUAAUGGUUAUUGAUGCUCUUUCCACUUCACUUUCCUGUACCUUGGGUGAUGUAAGAACAUACUUUAACAGCGUGUUACGAACAGAGCAUAAACAAACACAAGCAGAUAUAGAAUUAACUGAAAAGUAUCGAGCAGAUACUAAAAAAAUACGAGAACAAAUAGAAUCAAUUAAGAAUAGUACUAUAAUCUUCCAAGGAUCGCGUUGCAGCGCAUGUCAUCAUCAAUUAGAACUUCCAUCAGUACAUUUCAUGUGUCAGCAUUCGUAUCAUCAACACUGCUUUCAAAGUUUCUCGGAGAACGAAAAUGAAUGUCCAGCUUGUUUACCAAAUAACAAAAAAUUAUUGGAUAUUAUAAAAGCACAGGAACAAUCGAGAGAUCUUCACGAAACAUUUCAUAGUUUAUUAGAUCGAGCAGAAGAUCCAUUUUCAUUAGUAGCCGAUUACUUUGGCCGUGGAGUUUUUAAAAAAUUAAUGGUGAUCACAGACAGCGAUAAAAUGUUAUCCGCAGCAAAGUUUGAAGAACCAAAAUUGAAUUAUGGAUUAGGAGCGGAAGCUAGAAUCAGAUUGAUGGAAGGGAAAAAUACAACAUCAGGAAAAAUUGAAAGUCGUCGUUCUCAUGAUAAUUACAACACCGCGGUGGAUGACCGAUUGCGUUCUUAUCCGAAAUCAGAUGUGUACUCUUCAUCGUUAGAAGCAAAUAUCUCUGGCAUGGUCAGUGACAUAUCCAGUUCAUGGGGAAAUUCUAAGAAAACUGUGCCAGUACCUAUAAAGGAAGCUCGUAUUUUAAACAGUACAACACCAAAAUCAUCACCAGUCCAGAAAUCGUAUGUGCCACCAAAAACACCGAUUGUACCAUCGAAUCCAUUCGGAACAGACGAUUAUGAUGAAUCAAAAAAUCCAUUUUCCGAAGACAACGACGACGAUAUUACUAACCCUUUUAAAGAUAACGAGGAUACAAAUCCCUUCAAGGAUAAUGAUGAUGAUUAUAAUAAGAAUCUAAAUCCUUUUGAUAGAUAAAUUGCAUUUAUUCAACUGUUUUAAUUACUAAAUUCACGAGUCACUAAGAAAAACAAUUAUACUUGUAUGUUAUUAUUAAAAAUCAUGAACAUUACUCGUGAAAAAAAUUUCGUAUAUGUUAUUACCAUAUAUGAAAUUGUAAAUUCAGUUUAGCUUUCAUUUCAGUAUAAUUACUUACAAUUACUGAAUCCAAAUGUACCAU